UCUGACUUUUCGAUUUGAAUCAUUAUUGCUGCAAUGAUCAGCAAGAUUGGCACUUAACAUGUCCUAUAUCUUACUCUCGUGAAAAUUGUAUUCUUCCCCUCAGUAGUUUUGUGUUAAGCAGGAGUUCGCUCGAAUCUGUCCCCUGGAAUAUAACUUUCGACCGUUCAUUUGGGUUUCGUAAUAGAUGAACAAGAAUCACGUGACACAUUGAUGACGAUUCAGUGUUGUCAUUUUGACAAGCUUCGUGGUUAUAACCUCUUGGAUUCAUCGUGAAAAUACUGUCCAAAAUGUCAUCCUCAACAUCUACUACCCCUCAUUCCGACAAGGAAUUAGAUUUAUCAAAUUCAAACCGGGGCGUAUGGUUAGUGAAGGUUCCGAAGUACAUAAGUACCAAAUGGCAAAAGGCACCAGGCAAUAUUGAGGUUGGAAAAUUAAGAAUAUCAAAGAGUGCUGGACAAAAGGCAGUAGUAUCACUAGCCAUAGCUGAUAGCCUGUUGACUCAAGAAUCAGACGAGGUGGUAAUUCCUAAGGACCACCAUUUAGAUGUGCAAAUUGUUGAGCGUCAAACUUUAGGAGUUUUUUCUCACUCUGUCCCUCCAAAUUCAGACGCAGUAGUACCUGAGACUGAAAAGCUAUGUUUAGAGGGAAGGAUCCAACAGAAGCUUGAAUGUCGUCCUCAUGCUGACAAAGGAUACAUGCAACUGAAGCUUGAAAGUUUCAGAAAGGCAGCUCAACCUACUAGACUGGUUAUGCAGUUGGAUCGUGUUGUACAAAAUUACAAACCUGUUUCCAAUCACAAAUAUAAUAUUGAAUAUGAGGAAAAGAAGAAGGCUGAAGGGAAGAAAGCUCGUGAUGACAAGGAUUCGGUCAUAGAAAUGUUAUUUGCAGCAUUUGAAAAGCACCAGUAUUAUAAUAUCAAAGAUCUAGUCCGUAUAACUAGGCAGCCUGUGACUUACCUGAAAGAAAUUCUGAAAGAUGUUUGUGAUUACAAUAUUAAAAACCCACAUAGAAACAUGUGGGAAUUGAAACCAGAGUAUAGACAUUACAAAGACCAGCCAAGUGGUGACAAGGCUGACAAAUCUGAUGACUCAGACUGAAAUAAAUCUCUAUUUGAACCCAUAUUAUAUUUUCUUUAUUAUUGAUCAUUGUUGAAUAAUCAUCAUAGGUUUAUCUUGUGGCAUGCUUGCUUUUUUGUGUAAUAAAGUGGUUUUAUUUUGUUU